AUGCAUCUCAAGUCCGUCCUGGUAACAGGCUGCUCCGCCGGUGGGAUUGGCGCCGCUCUGGCACACGCUCUGGCCAAGAAAGGCCACCAUGUGUUCGCAACUGCACGGAAUACGUCAAAGAUCCCCCAAGAACUACUCGAUCUGUCCAACGUGACCAUAAUAUCUCUCGAUGUUUCUUCAAUGCCUUCAGUCAGCGCCGCGGCCCGCGUAGUCGCUAAAAGCGGCCACGGUCUCGAUGUUCUCGUGAACAACGCUGGAGCUGGAUACGCAAUGCCUGUUCUUGACAUGGAUGUUGAAAAGGCCCAGCAACUUUAUGACACUAAUGUUUGGGGCUGCAUUCGUACUACUCAGGCCUUUUCGGACCUCCUCAUCGCAAGUCGUGGCCGUAUCGUGAAUGUCAGCUCGAUCGGCGGUACUGUGCACAUGCCGUGGAUUUCCGCAUAUGCUUCCUCAAAAUCAGCCCUAACCACAAUCUCUGAAACAUUACGGAUGGAGUUGUCUCCAUUUGGUGUGGAGGUUGUCACGAUUAUGGCAGGCGUUGUUUCAUCCAACUUUGAUGCCAAUAGCGCGGACUUCUGUCUGCCACCAGACUCUCGAUACCACGACAUCGAAGAUAUCAUCGCAGGGUGGGCAACUGGCAAAGUGAAGCCCCAGGGCUCUACAGCUGCAGAGUUUGCAGAAUCAUGCGUUGGGGACAUGGUGGGCCAAGGCAAGGGAGGGUUAGUGUGGAGAGGCGCCAACGCAGGCGCUGUACGAUUCUUGGUCGGCUGGCUGCCAAAGAUGGUAGUGGACUUGGUUGUAUAUCAAAAUCAAGGGCUGCGCGAGCUGUCGAAGAAGGUCCUCGGGGAAGGGAAACAGGCCAAUCGAAAGAAUGUUUGA